AUGGCUGCCGCGCCGAUCCGCCCGUCCACCAGGGACAUGCUGCUGGAGGCGAUGCGGGCGGCCGAGAACCCGCGCGGCGUGUCUGUGCAGGCGAUCAAACGAAACAUCUUGCGGCAGCACCCGCAGCUGCAGGAGGCACGGCUCAAGACGAGCCUGAAGAAGGCGCUGGAGACGGCCCUGGCGGACGGCACCCUUGUCCGCGUCAAGGGGCAGGCUGACGCUGGCGCUGCACUCACCGGCAGCUUUAGCAUCGCCGCGGCCAAGAAGUCGACGGCCAAGAGUGAGAAGGAGGUCGCCAAGGCCAAGCCGCCCGACAUCAAGCUCAACGGCAAGCCGAAGAAGCCUGUCGCCGCCGGCAGCACCGCCAAGCUGGCCAAGACUAGCUCCAAAUCGUCGCUGAAGAAGUCUGCCUCUGCACCGGAUGAGGAGGCGUCGGCGUCGGCAGGGGACGAGCUCAACCCAUCACGCUCCCUGCCUGCGUCCCCAGGCGGCGCGCCGGCUCCGGCCGCAGGUCGUUCCGCGCUGUCUCCUCGAAACGCCCGCGCGUUCUCCUCCAGCCCGACCGGCCCGGCGCCCCCAGCGCCGCGGCGAACUGCCAACAAGAAGCUGCCGGCCUCGGCGGCGGCGCACAAGGAAAACGUGGUCCUAGGCGGCGGCGCGGCCCGCAGCGUGGGUGGCGGUGUCGCCAAGCCGGUCAAGAAGCCUCGCCCGGCGGCGACGGCGGCCCCGGCACCGGCCUCGGCCAAAACGCAGUCGACUGAAGUCGGCACAAAGCCGGCUAAGCGCCCGCGGGCACCGGCCACCAAAAAGGUGACCGACCUCUGA